AACGUCAAAAAAGAAAAACCAAAAAAAAAAAAAACGAACUUGCGGUCACAACAAUUUUCAAAUUGCCAUUCAGCUGUUGUCGGAGUCAAAACAGCUGAUCGCAUCACUUUAUCGUUAAUCGAUUGGUGUGUUUUCAAGUUCAGGAAAUUCUACGAGCAAUGUUGCAGAAUGGUCAGCUACUCAGCCGACUUCUAGCUCGAUGUCUACAUACAACAAACGCCCAAUGGCAACUGAGCCACUACGAGGCAUUGGGCAUCGGUAAAAGCUCUACACAGACCGAAAUAAAAGCAGCAUAUUAUAAGCUGUCCAUGCUCUACCAUCCGGAUCGCAACAAGGGCAGCGAAAGUGCUGCUAAGAAGUUUCGUGAGAUCACCCAGGCCUACGAAGUGCUUGGCAAUUAUCGGUUGCGUCGUCUAUAUGACAAAGGAAUUGUACAUACAGCUGGUCCCCAGCACGCGCAGGAUGUACGCGAUGUGGGACAGGAUUUAGAGUUCGAGGAGGAUGAUGCGCAAACUAAGUUCUAUAAGUCACGCUUCAAGAAGUCGAAAGUUACUGAUGCUGCGGGGCGCACGCCCAUCUACGAUUUUGAUGAAUGGAGUCGGGCUCACUAUGGAAAAAACUUUGAUAGACGUCAGGUGGCGCAGGCGAAACACGAACGUUUUGUCAAACAGAAGGAAACCAAAAGAAUUUCUGUUGAAAACGAUCUAGUUAUGUUUGCAUUUCUAUUUGCAAGUAUAGCUGUGUACCUGGUGUUUGUGGCAGAGAGCUCCUAUGAUAACCCAAAGAGUAGAGCAGAAGAACGUCACAAGCAAGAUCAGAAAAUGAGGUCAACUCCAAUAGCAAAAACAACAGACAGUGAAUAAAAUAGUUAAUAACGGUGUCUAGAAUAAUUUAAGAAUGAUUUAA